AUGCUCGCCGCGCCUGCAAAGUCGGCCAAGCGCCUGUCCUCGCUCUUCUCCCUGGGCUCGUCGCGGCCCAAAGACGACUCCAAGCCGCCGCGCUCCCACGCCGCUUCGCACUCUCAGUCCCAGUCCCAGUCUCCGUCCCCGUCCCAGUCGCAGUCGCCGCACGCCACCGCUGCCCGCCAUGGCCCCUCGGCCUCGCAGCCCGCCCUUCGCCACUCGGCCUCCGUCCAGGACCUGCACAACAAAACCACCACCACCCCGCGAAACGUCUCCGCGCCGCUGCCCAGCUGCGAGUUCCUGCCGCCGCCUGCCCUCGCCAUGGUGAACCCCAGCGUCGCCGCCGCCGACCCCCUCGACGACUCCCGCCAGCGUCCGCAGAGCUGGGCCACCAACUUCAGCCGCCCCAUGUCUGCCUGCGAGCCCCUGCCCACGCCCAAGCCGCCCAAGACCCGGAGCUGGGUGCCUGGCAAGCUGCGCAAGGCCUCCGAUGCCAUGCCCAAUCCCGCCCAGAAGAUGCGUGCCUGGGUCGCCGGCACGCCCCAGGAAAUCCCCUACGACGUCGACCGCUUGGUCGCCGGCGACAAGGUGAGCCUCUCUCGACGACAACAGCAGCAACAAUCACCGCCGUGUCAGCCUGAUGGCCUAACCACACACUCCCCGCAGGUCUAUGAGCUCUGGGACGACCAGGGCGACACCUACGUGUAUCUCUUCCCCCCCAGCACCGGCCGCCCGCCCUCCUUCAAGGUCCACUCCGCCGCCUUCGCCGCCUCGCCCGCCCUGACCAUCAUGGCCCGCGGUGCCGACCCCGCCGCCCUGCCCGAUCGCCCCGUCGACCGCCCGCCGCAGCUGCAUCUGUCCGUGCCCAUGUCGCCGCCCGUCUCGCCGCCCCACGGCUCCCUCGACGGCUCGCAGGAUGGCUCCGACGGCCGCCGGUCCAGAGACUACCUGCUCGACGAGUCCGCCCAGGAGCUGCAUCUGUUUCUGCCCGUGCCGUUCGUCAGCGACGUGUCCGGCCCCCAGCCCAUGCUGCACGACGAGGACGUCGACAUGCUCGUCUUGUUCCGCAACAUCUUUGCCUUCCUCGUCGGCCAGUCGCUGAUCGCCACGCCCCGGUGUCCCUCAGUGUUUGCCAUCUUCAUGGAGAUUGCCGGCCUGCUGGAGCGAUUCGGCUUCUCGAACCUGGACGGCUCGACGUUUGGAGAGACGGCAAUCUCGAGCUUUGCCUGUUACUGCGAUGAGUUGGGGCUGUCCGACGUGCGGCGGAGCUCGGAAAAGACCCUCCAGGCCAUCGUGCUGGGAGAGAGGAUGCGCUAUCUUCCUUUAUAUCAAGAAGGAUUCAGCCAUGGCGUGGGGAAACUGGACGAUAUUAAGUUAUGUGACGGAUCCAAAUAUGCACUCGUCACAAAGUUAACUCAAAAACGAAUGGAGAGAGGGUACCUGGACCUCGAAAACCGCCUGAAGGUUGCCAGGGAAAAGUUGGAUGAUUUUGAUUUCCCGCAGCUGUUCUCGGGUUUCGCAAACUCUAAUGUCAUGAACGAAGCCAGGCUGAUUAGCUUCAAAAACUGGAAAAAUGCUUAUGUUGCCUUCCGCAAGCACGUCAUGUCGUACUAUCGCGCCCGCUUUGGAUCGUGGCCGCCGAGGGCCAAUUCCAAAAAGAACCAGUUCGAGGAGAGCGGCCUGAAUCGCCUGGUGCUGCGAGAGCUGUACCGCGAUUUCACCGACCUCUAUGACAUGCUGGUCGACCGCACCUCGCUCACCACCCGAUCGUCGGAUAUGAAUCUGACGGGCCUCGAAGGCGAUGGCGUAGAUGCCCAGGAACCUUCCGUCCGGGCCUUGAGACAGCUCAUGAGUGAGUUCGACAGAAGCACGCCUCCUGUGGCGCCCCCGAUUCCGUUUGAUAUCCCGCUCCGACCCACCAUCCGCUCCAUCAAGCGACGGCUGGACCCGAAGAAAGAACCCAAGGAGAGGGCCAAGAAACUGUCCGCCGGCGAAAUCAACGAGAUCCUGCUGGCCGGCUACAACCACAAGAGCAUGAAACCCACGCCGUUCCUCGAAAGCUUCACGCAGUUCGAACGCCGCGUCGGCAGCGGCAAGAACACCGACGAACUGGUCGACAACCGCUGCGGCCAGUGGCUGUUCAUGUACGCCGUGCUGCAGUCGCUGCCCAUGGUCAUCGUCGACGCGCCCGACGUUAAGUUCAGCGACGGUGUCGAGUACUUCCUCUGCAUCCCGCCGCGCGGCGGCUCGCCGUGGUGCAAGGACGAUCCGCGCUCCGGCCGCAGCUGGUUCGGCGUGGCCGGCGGCGCCGGCGUCGUCAACCUGCCCUCCGACGUCGUCGCCAACGGCGUCGAGGGCGUCUACCGCCGCAGCCACUGCUGGCAGGUCGCCUCGCGCUGGGCCGACCAGCACCAGCUGCUCUCACCCGCCAUGCAGCACCACGACUUCGCGCCCAACCACAACAUCCACAGCGCUGGCACCGGCACCGGCACCGCCAGCGGCAGCGGGCCCGGCACGCCCGCCUCGCCGUACCAGCCGCCGUUCAUCGCGCCGCCGCUCUCGUCCACCGAGUCGAACUCCGACCGCCAGCCCACGCCGCUCCUCACGCCGGGCACCAUCACGCCGCCCAUGUUCUCGCUGCCGCUGCCGCACCCGGGCUUCGCCGCGCGCGCCGGCAACCGCUCGUCCAUCCACAUGGGCAUCGAGGCGCUGCCGCUGCCCGCCGGCGUCGCGCCCAUGGAGCCGCUCCCCGCUCGCCCGCUCAGCCACAAUCCCAACUUGAGCUUCGAUCAGAUCCUCGGCGGCAUGCCGCAGCAGCAGCAGCAGCAAAGAGGGAGGAGGUAG